UGAGCACCGGGCUGCGCGGCUCCCCCUUGGCCUCCGCCGCCCCGGCUGCUCGGCGCCCAUUGGACCGGGCGCGGGGCUCCGCCGGGCAUCACUCGGUGCUGCUCCGCUCUUAAGCCUCGUCCCCGGUGCUCCGGGAUCCCUUGGGCGCGGAGCCGGGCGCUCCCUGCGGUGCGGUGCGGUGCCCCCGCGGUCACUGCAGCCACGAUGUCGCAGGGCGCCGGGGACCUCGUCCUGCUCCUCGCUGCUCUCCUAUGGGCACCGGGGCCAUCCCCGACGUUGUCCAUCCACGUGUACACCCAACGGGAAGUGUACGGCACCGUCGGCUCCCACGUCACCCUCUCCUGCAGCUUCUGGUCCUCCGAGUGGAUCUCCGAUGACAUCUCCAUCACUUGGCACUUCCAAGCUGAGGGCUCCCGCGACAGCACCUCAAUAUUCCACUACGCCAAAGGCCAACCCUACAUCGAUGACGUGGGCACCUUCAAGGAGCGCAUGGAAUGGGUGGGCAACCCCUACCGCAAGGAUGGCUCCAUCGUUAUCCACAACCUGGACUACACCGACAAUGGCACCUUCACCUGCGACGUCAAGAACCCUCCGGACAUCGUGGGCAAGUCCUCCCAGGUCACCCUGUAUGUCUUUGAGAAAGUGCCCACCCGCUAUGGCGUGGUGCUGGGCUCCAUCAUCGGCGGGGCCCUGCUGCUGGUGGCCGUGGUGGUGGCCAUCGUCUACAUCCUGCGGGCCUGCUGGUUGAGGCGCCAGGCAACGCUGCAGCGCCGGCUGAGUGCCAUGGAGAAGGGGAAGCUGCAGAGAUCGGCCAAGGAUGCUUCCAAGCGGAGCCGGCAGGCCCCGGUGCUUUACGCCAUGCUGGACCACAGCCGCAGCACCAAGGCAGCGAGCGAGAAGAAAGCCAAAGGAGCUCCGGGAGAGUCCCGCAAGGAUAAGAAAUAGCGGUUAGCGGGCAGGGAAGGUACCGCGGGGCCGGGCACCGGGGGCCCCCGGCCCCCCAAAGUCAUCAUGACCAUCGAGAUGGAGCUGCGGGGGGGGGAGGCUGAGGCCGCUCGCCCUGCACCCGCUGUCCGCUCCCCCAGCAAGGGCAGCCUCAAGAACGCCCUCAUGAGCAUCAUCAAGCCCAAUGCAGGGACCUGAUGCCCCAGCAGGACGUGGGGACCCCCCCACCCCGGAAGCGGCGGGGACCCGGCGGGGAGCGGGGUGUGCUCCUCGUCCCGGUCCCCCCCAAUCCCCCACGCCGGGUCCCCCCCCACCAUGGUCGGUACCUUCCUCUGCGCAGCCGCUGCCCUGCCCAGCCCCGGGCACUGAUGGGGCUCUCUUCAAUUUGGAGACACAACCAUUGAGUUUUGGGGCCGUUCCCCCCCGCCCCGGGGUGCCCCGGGCCCCCCCUCCCCAGGGACCUGCAGGGUCCCCAUGGGCCUGGUUCACCCCAACACCAUCCCCCCCCCCCCCCGCCCAAAAACCCCAUCCCCGGGAGGGUUUUUUUACCCUUUUCUGGCCGUUUUCUCGUCUCUUCCCCACGACCGAACCUGAAUGACGUCGUGGGGGCCCCCCGCCGCGCCCCCUCCACCCCCCCAUUAACCCUCCGUGUCCCCCAUAACCCCCAACCCUGCGUCGGCCGGAGCCUCGUGGAGGAGGAGAGGCUGCGGCUGGUGCCCAUCACCCUGGCGCCAGGCUCCCCAGUGUGGUUUUGUAA